UUUGAUUCUCUCUCAGCUUCUGGAAGAAGAGCAAAGCUGUAUUUUGUGUAGAAAACCAGAGCUUGGUGUUUCCAACUGCCUCUUGUCUCCCUGGUUGUCCAGGCUCUUACUAAGAAAGCUGCUAUGCACCCAUCCCAGCUGUGAGGGCAGGCCUGCAGAGCUGCAGCACCCAAUUCCCAUCCCAGCACGAUGCCGGUGCACUACGUGACGUACAAAGGCAUUAAAUUCCCUCCAGCCUACAACUCUGAGCACAGCUUGAGUUUUGCCCACAACGAGUUCCUGGUGCGGGACGACGACGUCUUCAACAUCACCUACCCUAAAUCUGGCACCGUGUGGAUGACUGAGAUCCUGAGCCUCAUUCGCAGCCAAGGCCACCCCAGCUGGAACCAAACUGUCCUCAAUUCUGACCGCAUGCCUUGGUUCUCAACCCGCCUGGGUCUGGAGGCAGCCCUCAGCUACCCCUCACCUCGCCUGCUGACCUGCCACCUCCCCAGGCACAUCUUCCCCAAGUCUUUCUCCCAUUCCACUGCCAAGGUUAUCUACACCCUACGGGAUCCUCGAGACGUUGUUGUCUCCUACUUCUACUUCUGCCAGAUGUGCAACAGCUAUGAGGACCCUGUGUCCUUUGAGCAGUUCUUAAGGGACUUUCUCAGUGGAGAGUUGCCCCAUGGCUCCUGGUUUGAACAUGUCCGAGGCUGGAUGGAGAUGAAGGACAGGGAGAAUUUCUUCUUCAUCACCUACGAAGAGCUGAAACAGGACCUGCAAGGCAGUGUGAGACGCCUCUGCCAUUUUCUGGGACAGAAUUUGGAUGACGAUGCUAUCUCCUCAGUAGUCCAAAAUGCCUCCUUCACGGCCAUGAGGCAAAACCCUAUGUGCAGCUCCAUCUUGCUCCCUGCAGACAUCAUGGACCAGACCAAAGGCCAGUUCCUGAGGAAGGGCAUCUGUGGGGACUGGAAGAACCAUUUCACAGUGGCACGGAGUCAGACCUUCAACAGAAUCUACCAGGAGAAGAUGAGGGGUUUGGACGUGGCCUUUCCUGGGGACAGAGACCAGGAUCCAGACCUAACUGAGGCCAUCUGAGUAAUGAGUAUCAGCCAUCUAUUGGCAACAGGGGUAAUGGGUUGCUGCUGGACACAGGGAGUUGAAUCCUGGGGUAUAAAUGUCUGCAACAUGAAGCAGAGCAACUUUUUUGGUAGCUGCAACCAGCUGAGAUGUUUUCCUGGGGUAGCAGGAGAGCAGCAGAGAAAAUGGGGAGGGGGAUGAGUGCGGAGGUGUCCUUUCUAUUUGCAGUUCCCAAUACAUGGGUGCUCUGAAUCCAUGGAGUUUUUCCAAGCAUGAUGUACACUGUCAGGUCUGGGUAUUGCACAGGAUUGAAUUCCUGGGAAAGAAUGUCUGUACAAGGCAGUGUUGCCAGUGCACCUCUGUUGAUCUACUGUUGAUCUAUUCUCAUAGAAACUAAACUAAGUGAUGAGUUUAAAUGAAGCAAAGCCAACUGUGUGCUGUAUCAUGGGGAUUUACUAGCUCAGCAUAGUCAGUGAAUGGGAAAUAUGUGCUGCAGAACAGGAACUUCCUGAGAUUCUACCCAAGAACCAGCAGGAUCAUGGCCAAGUGCAUUGCAGAUAGUCAGACUUGUAAAGACUUUUUGUCUAUGUCAAACCCUACAGAAGGACUUAGUGAUAUCAAAGAAGGGGAAGACUUUUGUGCAUUUUGGCUCAGACACGGUUCUGUGAUGUGUGUAUCUCCAAGCCUCCACAGAGCAUACAGGGAAACCCAGCUCUUUGCAAGUGCCAAAAUACAGCUUGUAAAAUACCCACAGCUUUACUUCCUGGACAUCCUGCCAGAGUCACUUAGGCAUGACUCCAGCCUUGGCCAGACACAACCUGAUCUAUUCAGCCAUAGAAAGUUAUCUUAUGGACAGUGAGCAGUGCCUUCCAUAUUGGUAGGUCUGGCAUGUUCAUGUUGUGCAAUGUCAUAGCUAGAAAGUGACCCAACAUAUAGUAAGACUAUUAACCUAGUUGGCAGUGCAGACUGACGUGUUUAUGGUGGACCCAUUCAGGCCCAUCUCAUUCUGGUUAAUGAUCAUUAGCGUGGGAGCUUAGAAAUAAAGGAUAUGUGGCACAGCAUUAGCAGAUGCCUACAAAGAUAUGGUCAAAAUUGUUUCCUCUUUUAUAAACUACAGUAGAAUGAUCUAGCUCGUGUGCUGAUUGCCUUAUUUAUAUGUUUGCAUUCGAGCUAUGUGUGAUGCAUUCUACACCAAGCAUGAUUAUUACUCUCCCACCAGCCUGCUAAUAUUGUGGGUUUGGGUCAGUACCUUAGCCAGACUUUGUAGAAACUGAUUAUCAAGCAGCUUGUGGGGCAACAGGCUAUGUUCAUAUCCGAAUAAAGAUGAGUUAAGCACUGUG